UUAAGUGAUAUCCCUCCAAGUGUUAACAGUCUUCCAGGCUUUAGUGGGGAUUUAGUUGGCAAAAAUGACACGGGUAGCUAUUUUAUAUAUAUUUGUACAGAUAUACAUAAAGUCAUUGCUUUAUGUAUCUAAAAUUUAUUCGUAGAAUUUGAGAAAAUCGUUAUUGAUCGUUUGGCUAAAUUAGAACAACUUGUCACGGAACUGUUGAGAAGGUCAGGUGGGAUUAACAUAUCUCCCCCAACUAAAAUAAAAUUGCACAAAAUUCCUGUGGUGACUGUUGCUGAGUUUAAGUCAUUAAACGUGUGGAUUCAGGUGCAGGAAAAUCGUGACUGUUUGGUCACGGAAUUGGCACUCAUUGGCGCAAAAAGGCUCUCUCUCCUGGUUAGCAGAAUACUGAAAAAACUUUUUGCAAAUAGUCUCGCAAAAAUCAUUACUGUCACUGGAGCAGGGAAGGAUAUUGAAAUUGCUUUAAACAACGAGCCAAUUUAUCAAAUUAUAAGAGAUUCCGUGCGUGCCACAAACGGUUAUAGUUUAUCUACGGACCAGGAAAUUGGAAGUUAUGUUGCAUCGUGGCUAAAGGGUGCUGAAGACAGAGAGGGCGGACGAGAAAAACGACGACAGAAUGCUAACCUCAAACAGAACAAAGGCAAGAAGAAGGAAGGCGGAAGUGGCAACCCUUCUUCAUAAUAUAAAUAUAGCUUCCUCCUCUACUAUUCUAGCGCCAGUAUCAAGUGUGGAUGGUGAAUCAGUUUCAGAAUCUCAAGUAAUAAUUAGUAGUUUGCAUGAUAGUGUAGAAUAUUCGUCAAAUUCAGAGAAUAAUAGUUAUAGCUUUACAAGUUUCAGUGAAAACGAAUCGUUCAAUGAAGAGCAAACACCAUUUCCUCAAAAACUUCGAGGAUGGGCUUUGUCCCAUAAUAUUACACAUGUUGCUUUAAAAGAAUUAUUAUCAUUAUUAUCUAGUAGUCUCAAAUUAACAGUUCCACUAGAUCCUCGAACAUUAUUAGAAACUCCCCGAGUAGUUGAAACUGAUUUUAUUUCUGGUGGAGAAUUUGUAUAUUUCGGAAUAGAAAAAAAUUUAAAGAGAUCAAUUUCAAAUAUCGCUCACCUCGUUCAGCCAAAAUCAACAAUUUUUAGCAAAUUUUAUCACGAUUUUGGCGAAAAUCUUGUAACAAUAUCUGUAGGUGUGGAUGGUAUUCCAUUAAGUAGGAGUACAAGAUCCCAAUUUUGGCCGCUUCUUGGUAAAAUUGAUCAACUUAAAAUUAAUUCAAUUUUUGUAAUAGGGCUAUUUUACGGAGUUCAAAAACCUACUAAUUUAGAUUUUCUAAAUGAUUUUAUUGCUGAGACAAUUACACUAGAGAAGGAUGGAUUUAAUCAUUUAGGGAAGAAAUUUCAUUUCAGAAUUUCCUGUAUUAUUGCUGAUGCUCCAGCUAGAAGUUUCAUUAAGGGAAUUAAGAAUCAUAAUAGUUAUUCAGGGUGUGAGAAAUGUGUUCAACACGGCGAAUUUGGAAAAAGUGUAGUGUACACUGAAUUAAAUUCAGCUUCGCGUACAGAUGAAUCGUUUCGUUCACAAUUAGACGAGAAUCAUCAUAAAUUUUCUACUUCUUUAUCAAAAUUGCAAAUUGGCUUGGUCUCGCAGAUUCCAUAUGACUAUAUGCACAUGUGUUGCUUAGGGGUCAUGAGAAAACUUUUGCGACAGUGGGCAAAAGGGAAAUUGCCUCAUAGAAUGCAGAGUAAAAUUAUUAAUGAAAUUUCAGACAGAUUUAUAAAUUUCAAAACGUUUAUGCCUCGUGAUUUUCAGCGAAGACCAAGAAGUUUGAAUGAGAUUGAUAAUUUUAAGGCCACGGAAUUUAGAACGAUAAUGCUGUACACAGGUCCAGUAGCACUGAAAAAUGUCUUACCGGAGAAGUAUUACAUUCAUUUCCUUUAUUUUCAUUGUGCUAUGUUUAUUCUUUUAUCGGCCAAUGCUGAUGACCCCGAGUGGAACGCUUUAGCCAGGCGGUUGUUGACAAAAUUUAUUUUACAAUGCAGAGUCGUAUAUGACAGUAAUUUUAUGGUUUAUAAUGUCCAUGGUUUAUCACAUAUUCAUGAGGACGCUCUAAACUUCGGACAAUUAGAUAAUAUUAGUGCGUUUGGUUUUGAAAAUUUCAUGCAGCAACUGAAGAAAAUGACAAGAACAAAAACAUUUUAUCUCCAACAGGUUGCAAAAAGAAUCGUAGAAAACGAAAAGUGUAACGUUAUUAAGAGAGAAUUAGACGAGAAACGCGAAAAUUUUCAAGCAAACAAAAUAAUUGUAAAUAGCUGUUAUUCUCUGAAUUCUGGUCAAAUUAUUAUAGUUCGAAGAAUUACGUACAAUAGAUUUAAAAAUGUUAAAAUAGUUCAUUACGAAACAUUUAGUAACAAAAAAUCACUAUACGAAAAACCUAUAAGUAGUUGUAAGUUAGGAAUUUUUAUUUUAGGAAAUGAAAUGAAAAAAACUUGUGAGCUGAAUUGUUUACAAAUUGCACAUAGAUGUAUUUUGUUACCCUUUAAAGAGAACUUUGUCUGUUUUCCAUUACUACAUGAUAUCAAAUAAAUGAACUAAAUCAGAAAUAAACAGUGUGAGAUUAUU